AUGAUUCAGGACGAGACCAAUUCACCGAAUACUCGCACGGCUUUCAGUGAUAUGGUCAGUACUACGGCCAAUCGAGCGAAGUUCAUCUCUGCUCUUCUGAGGUUCAUGAAAACGUACGGUUUUGAUGGUGCCGAUCUUGAUUGGGAGUAUCCCGGUGCUGAGGACCGUGGAGGCAAAGUCGAAGAUACUGCAAACCUUGUUUUACUUCUGAAAGAGAUGCGGGCGGCUUUUCAGGGCCAAUACGGCCUAAGUGCUACCCUCCCUGCAAGCUUUUGGUACCUACGCUGGUUUGAUGUCAACAAAAUGCAGCAUUAUUUGGAUUGGUUUAACGUAAUGACAUAUGAUAUCCACGGUGUUUGGGAUGCAUCAAGCAAGUUCUCAGGGCCAUUUAUUCGACCACAUACAAACCUGACUGAAAUUGGAGAAGGGCUAGAUCUACUCUGGCGAGCUGGCGUUGAGCCCGCCAAGGUUAUACUUGGCCUCGGCUGGUACGGCCGUUCAUUCACUCUAGAAGACAGUUCCUGUUCUAAACCAGGCUGUCGCUUCACCCAGGGAGGUGCACCAGGACGAUGCACUAGGAACUCUGGAACUCUUUCAAAUGCUGAGGCCGGUGUCAAUUGGAUAACCUGGAAUAAUGACCAAUGGGUCAGCUAUGAUGACGAGAUAACUUUCGCCCAGAAAAUCAACUACGCCAACUCACUCUGCUUAGGAGGGACUAUGAUCUGGGCUAUUGACCUUGAUGACCUGAAUGGCACCACGAACUCCCAUACGAUUGGAACUGGACUUGGGAAAUUCAACAUUCAUUUUACUGGCGGAGUGUUCUUUGACGGCGGUGAUGAUUCCUGGUCUGAGGACACUAUUGGUAUGUAA